CACGACAAGCACAAGAAGGCACAAUGUCGGCUGAGUUGGAGGCGUCACGCCAGCAGCUGGCGCAAGUCGAGGCGGCGCUGCUGCUGUCCCCCGACGAUGAGAACCUCAAGAGCCUUGCCCAAGGCCUCAAGGAAGUGAUUGCGUUGCAAGCACAGCUGACAACAGCAUCCGACACAACCCAGAACACAAAGGUGACAUCGCAGGAUGGCUGGACGGUCGGCGAUACCUGUGAAGCCGUAUGGAGUGAGGAUGGCAAUUACUACCCCGCUGAGAUUGUUGCAUUUGAGGGCGGGGAUCAAGUACGAGUGCGAUACACAGAGUACGACGAGGAAGACGUCGUGCAGAUCAAAUCGCUACGGCGAACAGGCAAGGCGGGCGGCGAUGGCGCAGAGGCCGCUGCCACCGACCAGGCCGCACAGCCAGCCCCCGAGACAAAGACGGCAAAAACCCGCGCAAGCAAAGAGUCUGAUUGGGAGCAGAAGCGCAAGAAGGCAAAGCGAAAGAAGGAGAAGGAGUCAAAAGAGAUGAAGAAGCUUGAGCAGCAGAAGAACAAGUGGCAGUCGUUUGCAGCAAAGACGAAGCGCAAGAAAGGCACGGGCUCUGGCAAGCACGGCAAGAGCAUCUUUGCGUCCCCCGAUGACCCAAACGGAAAGGUUGGCGUUGGCACGUGCGGCAUUGGUGGGCGCGGUAUGACGGAUUACCAGAACAGGGGCAAGUGGAAGUUUGAGUCUGGAAAGGAGGAGCGACAAUAA